UUACGUAGGGAGAUGUGAAAAACCCAACAGGCUUACAAAAAGUGAAUUGGAAGGGGCCUGUCAGGGGAGGGGAUUGGCAAGGUUGGCUGCGUCUGUCAGGCGUAGAUUGGUUUCAGCGACCGAAGAGGAAACAAGCAUGCAGGUGACGAUAACAGCAGUUGUGGUCGCCGCGUGCUUUGGCGUUGUGGCGUCCUGGACUCAACGUCGCGGCCUCUUCCACGAGCAAACCAACCCCUCCCUGCGACAAAUGAUGCCAGUCGAGGACUACGAGUCUUCCGACUACGCCGACAAAAUCAUCUUCCUCAACCGACACCAACCGACUGCUUUCGAACAAAUCUCAGCCCAAAGUCUUCAAAGAUUUAGCAUUCAUUUGGAUUUGGCGAUUCGGCAAAAUGACCCGAGUUUACGAAUGUCCAAUGUGGUCUUCUCUCCACUCUGCAUUGCCUCGGUUUUGGCCCUGGUUUUGCUGGCCGCCGAGGGCCGCACGAAAGAGGAAGUGGCCAACGUUUUGGGUCUUAGCCAUGUCACGGACGACACACACUUCAUGUACGGACACCUGUUGAAUGACUUCAUUUACGAUAAUGAGACUGAUUUGCAGACUUUUGCGGGCAAGGCCGUUUUUCUAAGACAAGCACUUCCGGUGAGCAGCAGAUUUUUGGAGCUGAGCAGACGAGCCUACAACAGUGACAUUUACAGCUUGGACUUUGCCAACGACCCUUCCGGAGCGCAAGUCCUGAUUAACAAAUGGGUUGCGGACAGGACGAACAACAAAAUCCAAGACUUGCUGCCUGAACCGCCGGCCAGUUACACAAAACUGAUUCUGGCCAGCGCCCUGUACUUCAACGGCGCCUGGUUGAGUCCGUUCUUACCCGAGGCAACUAGGGUGGCUCCUUUCAGGGUGCCUGGAGGAGAGGCAGUGAAUGUGUCUAUGAUGGCGAGAGAGGGACACCUACCCUAUGCCCGCAGCAAACUUCUCGACUGUGCCAUUGUUGGGCUCCCGUACAAAACCAACAACAAUGCCUCUAAGAUUUCAAUGUAUGUCAUUUUACCUAACAAGGAGGGUCUGGAGCACCUUCACGUCCUGAAGCACAGUUUGCUGCGAUUGCCCGACGCCCUUUCCGGUCUGGUGGGUGCAACCAAAGAGCGCUCAUUGGUGCUCAGCCUUCCAAGGCUCAAAGUGGACGCGGCCGUGCCUCUGAUGCCGGCCCUCUCCUCUCUCGGCCUGACUUCCCUUUUUGACCCUGCGGCGGCCAACCUUUCCAGCCUCUUGGCCAACCCUGAGUCGGGACCCUUACACGUGGACGAGGUGCGUCACAGGGUGACCCUGGAGGUGACUGAAACAGGUACUGAAGCGUCAGCUGCCACCGCGGCGGCGCUUUCUAGAGACGGUUUUGUGCCAGUUUUCAAGGUGGACAGGCCCUUCAUCUUUUUCAUCUACGACCACGCUUCGGCGCUGCCAAUUUUCUGGGGAUCAAUAAUUAGACCGUAGAACAAUCAAAUCAUUGGGAGGUUUUGUCACAAAAUUUUAAUUUAAAAGCAUUUUAUGAUGAGAUUAUGCUAUAAUGUAUUAAGUAAAUUUUUUCUAAGGAAAAAUUUAAAUUAUUUUCUCACGAGUUUUUAAUAAAAAUAAGUAGAUUUAAAAAAA